AUGAUUCCCAAAAUUUGCUAUCUCUUAUUUUACUUCUUUCUAAGCCUGGUCGUCGGCUCUCCAGUUGCCCUCCAGGCACGAGCCCCGCCAUCCCUGGGCAUUACCAAACAAACCAUUCAAUCUGGAGGCCGCAACCCUUGGACAGCGUUUGGCUCCGUUCUGACCCUUGAAGAAAAUGCCAAAAUUUCGAAGGAGCAGCUGGCGGGCAUCGUCAAAGCUGCCUACGGCGAAAUGAGCACGCUGGAGCCCGAUGUGGCCAAACGUCCCAACGUCAUGACUGCCCUCCAGGUGGGCAACGAGGUUAUUCUGUCGUCCAACAUGAAGGGUGGCGGUGGAGUCUACGUCUAUAACAUGCAGGAGCAGCCCCUGGAGAACAAGAAGAACCCGAACGAGGACGUGGUGGAGAACGGCUACGGCGCAUUCACCGACGUGCUGGAGAAGAACGCUCGCGAGGUCAAAGAUGUCCUGGACAGCCUGCGCGAGACAUCGCGAAAUCUUCAGAACAGCCAGCAGUCUUCCACUCAGCAGUCUAAUGGCAAGCAGCCCGCUCAACCCUCGAACAACGGCCAGGGCAAUCGUAAUGGCCAGAAAGGGUCCGCGAGAAAGUCACCAAACGACCUAUCCCAGGAGCUGAAGGGGAGUCGCCAGACAUCCUUCCAACACAAGAACGACGCCAACUGCGGCGAGGUCAUGGCUUCCAUCCGCUACAACGCAGUGCACAAGAACGGAAAGCUCAAGAACCUGACUCCCAAGCCCAUGGUUGUCGCCUGGAGUGAAUCGGAGAAGAACGGAAAGAUGGUCGGCAGCAUCCGGGCUCCCUGUGAGAAGGGGCAGACUCUGGACGGUAACUCGGACCUGUGCGGACUCAGCUGGGGAUGCGGUGCGUUUACCGGGGCCCAGGGCAUGAACUGGGACGUCGUUGCCACCAACACGAAGCCCACCGAAGUGACCGACGCGAAAUUCCCCAAGUUCCAGUCGAAAGCGGUCGACCUGCCUGCUCCCACGAUCAAGAAGAAGACCAACAACAACAACGGUGGCGGCAGAAACACCAAUAGCAACCAGCCUGCGGCCGCUCCUAACCAGCCGGCUCCGAAGCAACCCGCUCCCAAGCAGCAGCCUGCUCAGCAACCUGCCCCUAAGGCUGAUCCCAAGCCCGCUGGAGCCCCUGCUUCGGCGCCGAAGACCGACCCUAAGAAGCCGGGAAAGAAGGGUGGAGGCAAGAAGACUUAA